AUGCCCAGUCGUCGAGUACCCGUGGAUCUGCGGAAGCGGACCGAAAUCAGCUGCGACCGAUGUAAGUCACGCAAACAGAAAUGUCACAGACCGCUAGACUCCGAAGCGUGUCGCUAUUGCCAGGCCCACCACUUCGACUGCGUCACCACGCGGGAGCGCAAGAAGAGAAUCUACGGAUCGGUCGAGGGCCUGGGCACGCGGAUGGCGGUGCUGGAGUCGCUGGUCAAAGGACUGGUGCCGGAGAUCGACACGUCCAAUGUCGCCAAUAUGCGCGACCUGGGUCAUUCGCUGGGGAUUCCCCUUCCUCCGGCGCCGGCGCCCGCUCGGUCUGGGAGGGAGGGGAUGGAGACGGGAAUGGGAACGGUGCAGUCCUCUUCACAUCGACAAGCGGACGACGCGCGCAUGCUGCGAGACCAGCAGGGCCAGGCGCAGUACAUCGGUCCGGCCAGUAGUUAUCUGUUUCAGAUCAACAUUCGGACCCUGAUCGGCCGCGGCGGACAGGAUGUGGGCCGGGAAUUCUUUCUGUUCGGGCCCAACCCUACCGAACAGGUCGAGGGGAUGUUGGCGUCGAGGAGGGCGAGUAAUUCGAGAAUUGGCGGUUCACAGUCCACCUCACAAGCAAUCCGCCCGCGGGCCGAGACGACGACUCCGGAAGAGAUCUGCGUUGAUCCGGCUGUUGCCGAUGGCUUGGUUGCCGUCUUUUUCGACUCGGUUCACCCGGAUUUCCCUGUGCUGCAUGAGGCGUCGUUUCGCGAGCAGUACGAGCGCUGGUCGCGUUCGCCUUCUUCUUCUUCUUCGCCGCCAGACCGGACGUGGCUUUGCAGUCUGUUGUGCGUCAUGAUCCUGGCUCGUCACCUGUCCAAGGGCGGCGUGGUGCCGGACCAGGAGGAAGCCGAUCACUGGUGGUGUCAGGUCCAGACUCUUCUGCCCAAUGUGCUCUUCACGUCGAGCGUCUCCGCCAUCCAGGCCCUGAUGCUGACGGCGCUCCACCUCAACAAUAGCAAUCACCGAGACCUGUGCUGGACGCUGACGGGCGCGGCCGUGAGGAUUGCUUUCGCAAUCGGCCUCCAUCGCGAAGACGACAACAGCAAGCCCUUGCAGACGCCCCUCACCAGAGAACUGCGGAAGUGUCUUUGGUGGACGCUGUAUGAAUUCGAACAGAUGCAAGUUUCGUCGCUGGAUCGGCCCAGCGCCAUCGAGGAUGCCGUCUGCUCGACUGGCUGUCCACGAGAGUCCAUCCUGGGAAUGAGUGGCCAGAGCAUGCUCCAUUCCAAUCGGCUCGUCGUGCUGCUGGGUCUGGCAUGUCGAACGGUGCGGACCAGUAGCACAGUCAACUCCGAGGAUGCUUGGAGGGGACCACUUUCACCCACGGCGGCGCUUCUGCGUGACCUCGAGCGCUGGAAACAGGCUCUGCCGCCUCAUCUUUCGGUCGAGGCCGUUGCUGGGCUACCCCCGCCGAACCAACGGACCGUGCUGCUACUUCACAUCCGGUAUCACUAUAUCGUGUGCCUUCUGACUCGUGCAGCUCUGUUGUAUCGGGCCAGUCGGCUCGCGGAGAAGGGGCCACACGCAGACCAACGAGUCCAGGACGCCCGUGUAAUGGCUGAAGUGUGCAUCGAAUCUGGCCGGACGUCUUGUCAAUUGCUUCUCAAACUCAAGGCGCUUGAUGCCCUGAACGGGGCCACCUGGUUUGAUCUUUACUACCUCUACUCGGCCUGUUUCAUUUUGCUGUUGGACAUCAUCUGCAGCACUCGGCAAAGCCCUGGUCUCGGAGCCGAUCCGCCGCGACUGGAAUCGGCCGUUCUGCUUCGAGAAUGUGCCGCGCUGGCGGCCGGAGAACUCCAAAACCCCAUGAUGCCAGGGACGAAUCAUCGAUACGCAAUCGUCAUCACCGACCUUGAUGGCAUGGCAAAUGAGUUUGUCCACACAACACAACGUCAUGAACACGGGAAGAUAGACCACCGGACCUCGUCCAACGUUCCUUUGAGCGGCCAAGUGUCAAUGUCAGCCGCGGACCCCGGCCAAAGCGGUGAUGUGAUCAUUCCCCAAUGGGCUCCGUCUAACAUUCCGGACCAUCAAAGGACCACUCAAUUCGAUCCCUGCGUUGUUUCUUUGGACUUAGCUGCAUCGCCAGGAGAGGCCCAGUACAUGGCCACAGAGUCCACGGCCACAAUCGGGUUCGCCCAGGCUCGAAAUAUGCAGGCGCCAUAUCUUGACCUCAACAUUUCGCUGCCCUGGCAAGAUUUUCACUGGGAGGAUGUGGCGAACAUGUUGCUGGAGGGGAGCAAAGGAGUUGAAUGA